UAAUUCUUAUUGUAGCAAAUAACCGAUGACUAUGACACAACUCAUAGGACGAUCUGCUUUCAUUAAUCUAGUUUUGUGACGUCACAAAUUACAGCAAGCGUGUAGCCAUUAUAUGAAAGCUUUCACCUUGAUUAUAUUGUCAAGAGGCAAGGUCAUAUUAAGUACAAUUAAUGUCUUUGUUUCUUUUGAGUGGAUCCGUUUUAAUUUUUUAGGUUCGUUUCUCAAGUUGCGCUUACAAUUUUUUCCCAACUUAAGAACCUACUCACAUUUUAUUUACAUAAUAAAGAGAGGUAAUGUCAUGUAACUUCUGACGUCAGAAGACAGUCUGACAGAUUUGAUUAAGUAGACCGUCCUGUGCUGUGUGAAAAAGUCCUUGGCAAAUAAUAGCUUUUUCUAUGAAAAGUUAUUAAAAAAAGAAGACGAAAUUACAUUGUUCUAUUAGUGAAGUUUACAUUAACAUUAAUAAACAAAUCAUGGCGCCGCACGGUAAGUGUUGUGGAGAUUCAUCUCAUCAUCUUGAAUCGGAUGAAAUCGGAAUUCAUUACAGUUUAUAUAAUAAAAUAGAUACAGAAAAUUUGGAAUGUUUAAAUGAAACUACUGAAGGAUCUGGAAAAACCGUAUUUAAACCAUGGGAAGAACGAUUGAACUUCGAAAUGUUCGUAGAAUCUGACGCAGAUGAAGAAUUAUUGUUCAAUAUUCCAUUUGUCGGAAACAUUAAAUUAAAAGCUAUAAAAGUUAUAGGAGAAGAUUCAGAUACACAUCCUUCUAAAAUGAGACUGUUCAAGAAUCGUCCAUCUAUGACUUUUGAUGAUACUAGUUGUACAGCUGAUCAAGAAUUCGAAUUGGUUCACGAUACCAAUGGAAUCGCCGAAUAUGUAACAAAGGUUGUGACUUUUAAUAACGUAAAUCAUCUAACGUUACAUUUUCCUAGUAAUUUUGGAGCGAGUUCAACCAAAAUUUACUACAUAGGUCUAAAAGGGGAAUAUUUCGAAGCACAUCAUCACGGUGUGACAAUUUGUACAUACGAGGCAAGACCGAUGCCACAAGAUCACAAAAAUCCUUUAACUGAAUUUUCUGCAGGUCAAUUAGGUGGUCAAUAAUUUUGCCGUUUCAUAAGACUAAAUAUUAUUUGGCUGUGAAUGUCUAAUUGUCGUAUCCAUAGAAAAAAAUUUUUUUUCUUAAAAAAAUGUGUCAAAUUUUUUUUCAAUAACAUAAGUGAAUAAACAGAUUUUGAAUUA